UUCCAUGCUCUCCUCUCUCUCUGCUCUCUUCCUCUCUCUCCUCUCUUUCUUUACUCUCGUGUCUCGCUUGCCCACACUGCUACACACACAAACACGAGCGCAUAUAUCGGCAAACUCUCCGACCUAAUACAUAAUUUUCCUUCGGAGAAAAUUACACAACCUAUCCUCAUCUCGCGCGCGCGGCUGUGUGCAAUAUCUCUCCCCGCAAUAACCCAUAUAUCCUUUGCGUGUCGUCGUCGUGCGCUGGAGGAACCGUGUAUGUGUCGGUGUUUUAUCGCCACUUUCCGCGGCGCGUUCACUGAUCAUCAUGAUUACCGAUCAACGCUGAUCACCACUGUGUCCUGCUAAUCUCCCACAUCCGCCAUGGAAGCGGGUAUUGUAAUACGCGGAUAAAUAAUUAUACCAUAACCGGGCUUGUGUUGAAAAUUGGUGGAUUUGCUAUUUGCGGCGCGCACCGCCUGAAUGCGUGGCUGUGUGCCUAAAACGGAGGGAUAUGAAUAAUUCAUUAGGCGCGCUGAUCGCUCAUUACUCCAUUAGUCCGUGCACCGCCAUUAGGACACUGCGCUGGGCCACGUGACCAGAUUGGGUACUACGCAGUCCGGGAUCUCCCUGUUUAUCCUGCAACCCACAGCGUCGUACCGUUCCUCAGCCCAGCCCAUCCUGGCGGGCAUCGCACUGCGCCCGGCGUGGCUGUCAAUGCCGGCACCUGGCCGGAUGAUUGCCGGCGUCGUGCUCCUGCCUGUCGUCUGAGAGCGCGUGGUGCUGCACCGCCCCCGCCCGCGGAAUCGGCUGCACAAGAACCAUGUCCGAUGGCCUGCAGGCGCGCCCCCAGUCCGCCGCCGCCGCCGUCAACGCCACCGAAGAUAUCGGCAUCAGUGAUCUGCUCUUCCUGGAGCCGCUAACCGAGCAGUCCUUCAUCGACAAUCUCCGUCGCCGCUUCCAUGCUGAUAAGAUUUAUACGUCGAUGGGCAACCUGAUUCUGUCGCUUAAUCCGUACCGGCCCUUGAACCUCUAUGAUGAACAGACGCUCAGGCUGUACCGGCAUCAGCGCAUCACCGAUCUGCCACCGCACAUUUUUGGGGUGGCCGGUGCGGCAUACCGCGAGCUCACUCUGCAUGGCCUUAAUCAAGCGGUACUCCUUACCGGAGAAAGCGGCUCGGGAAAGACAGAAAACACGAAGCUCAUCAUCCAUACGGUGGCGUCGCUGGCAUCCAAUACGAAGGAGGCGGAGAAGGUCACUAAUCGCUUGCUGCAGUUCAACCAAGUACUCGAAGCGUUCGGGAAUGCCAAGACGGAGAAGAACGACAACGCUUCGAGAUUUGGAAAAUACAUCGAUAUUGCCUUUGAUUCUCAUGGUGAUACGUUAGGAGCCAAUUUAACUGCUUAUCAAUUGGAUAAGUCGCGCGUAAUCUUCCAGAAUCCGCGUGAGCGGAAUUUCCAUGUCUUCUACCAAAUCCUUGCCGGUGCAGAUGUACAUUUACUCAAAGCUUUAAAACUACAACGAAACGUUGAGAAAUACAGUAUUCUCCGCUUCAGCGGGGUAUAUAAACUUGAGGGCCUUGAUGAGAAGAGAGAAUUUGUGAUUACAAAGGAAGCCUUGGAGAUCCUCGGAUUCUCAGCUGCCGAAUGCCAGUGUGUCUUUCAGAUUGUUGCCGCGGUAUUAAAACUAGGCAACAUCCAGUUCCUGCCCAAGACCAAUGUCGAUGGGACGGAAUCUGCCACAAUGCUCAAUGAACACGAAGCGGGAGAUGUCGCCGAAUUACUGGAGUGUCCUGAUGUCAAAUCACUUGUACGUGUGCUGAACAAGGGAUCCAUUCAGUUGCGCGACGAACAGAUGGAGAUGACACUCAGCGCACAAGAGGCCAGCGCACUGCGGGAUCAGUUGUGUAAAGCCCUCUACAACCGCCUGGUAACGUGGAUCAUCUCCAAAAUCAACAGUGGCCUUUCAUACCUUAGCUCAAGCAGUCGCUCGCUCUACGGCGUACUGGAUAUGUACGGAUUCGAGAAUCUGGAACACAAUGGAUUCGAGCAGUUCCUCAUCAACUACGCAUCCGAGAAGCUGCACUGUUUCGUUAUGGAUCUGGUACUGAAAUACGAACAAGAGGAAUACAUUCGGGAGGGGUUGCCCUGGAAUAAUGUGCCCUAUACAACGAAUAGCGAAGUUUGUGAUAUCAUAGAAAAGGGCCAUCACAGCCUGUUAGCCAUCCUGGACGAAGUGUGUCUGCGCGAGGACUCCGUCAGUGAUGAGCACCUCCUGCACAAGUUCACCCGUCAUCAGGGCGCCGAGUCGGUCUUUCAGCCGCCCCAGGAGCGCGCCGGCAACAACGUUCCCAUGGACCAAUUCAAGAUUCGCCAUUUUGCCGGCACCGUCACCUACCAUUCGCGGGGUUUUGCGGAGAAGAACCUGGAUAUCCUGCCGCGCAGUGUCGCCGAGGUUAUGCACUCGUGCCGGAUGCCGUUGGUUAAGGAGCUCUUUCCCGACGGAAAUCCAGCGCGGACCAUUGCCAAGCGGCCACUGACUAUGGCGGCCAGCCUACGCGCUUCCUUGUCGGCAUUGCUCAGUGGACUGUCCGGGAGGAGUUUCACGCUCAUCAAAUGUAUUAAACCCAACGACAGUAAACGACCGGGGUUUUUCGAUGAAGAACGCGUCAAACACCAAGUUCGCUACAUGAGAUUGGUGGAUCAAGUGCAGGUGCGGCGUGCCGGCUACGCCUACCGUGAUACCUUCGAGAAUUUCAUGCGCCACUACAAGAUGCUGACGUCGUUAACAUGGCCACUGUAUCCCGGUGAUGCCAAGGAUGGUGUGCGGCUGAUUCUCUUAACGCUGGCCAUGAACAAGAUGGAAUACAUUAUCGGCAGGACCAAAGUGUACAUCAAAUUUUAUGAAACGAUAAACCGGUUGGAUGAUCUCAGGCGCGCGGCCUUACAGGAUGUGGCAGUAUUGAUACAAAAGUCUUUCCGUGGGUAUCGCACACGGAAACAUCUCAAGCUCAUGGCCAUUAACUCAGCACCCAGUUCCAGUCAAAGCUCAAAGGACAGCGGCCGCCGCGGGGAGAGACUGUCCAAACUAUUGCUCCGGUCGCUCUGCAAUGACCAACACUCGUCGGUGUCUUCCUCCAUGGACUCCUCCCAGUCGGUCCCGUACACGCCCAUCUGCAACAACAUCAGCCAGUACCCCUCGGCCAUGCCCUUCACCAUCACCCCCACCACCAUCGCCACCUCCGCCAUCCACACCGCCACCAUCGGCACCUCCACCUCGGCUGGCCCGAGUGCCGUGUCGGUGGCCACCUCGCCGCAUCCUCCGCCCCCCACCGCGGCCGCCAUCCUCUCCGCCGUCGUGGCCGCCACCACCGCCGCCCCAGCCCCCUUCACCCCGGUGGCCUUCGUCAAUCCCACGCCACCACCGCCCGUGCCGCCCAAGCCCAAGAUCACCCCGUCGAUGAGCAUUAAUAGCAUUCCACGGAGUAAACCACCCCCGCCCAUGAGGCGGACCGCCACCAUCGGCAACUGCGUUGACCGUCGGCUGGAUCCCAACGAGGCCGCCCGCCGCAUCACGGAGUGCUGCCGAAAUUAUCAUCGCUACAAAUUCCUGCUCUUCCUGCUCCGACAUCUGCCAUCCAUGUCGCCCGUGGAUCAGCGCUGGCCGCCCAGUCCGUCCUUUCUUAUGAUGACCAAUCUGAUACUCAGGGAUACUUUCCAUCGAUGGCGGUGUCGGAAGUAUCGUCUGCGCUUCGAUCAGACAUCCAUCAGUCGGAUGCGGGAGAAAGUGGCUGCCAGUUCCAUCUUCCUGGGCAAAAAGAUCACCUAUCCGAAAACGGUUCCGCAUCCCUUUCGCGGUGACUAUGUGCGUUUGCGGCAGAAUGUCAAAUGGCGGAAAUUAGCGGCGGAUACCAACGAUCAAUACGUGGUCUUUGCGGAUAUUAUGCCCAAGAUCAACCGGACAACCGGACGUCCGAGCUAUGUGCUCUCCGUGAUAUCCACCAAAGCCUUCCUGGUCAUCGACCAGCGGACUAUGAUCGUCAAAUAUCGCAUCCAGGCCGGCGAUAUUGCCCGGAUAUCCGUCAGUCCCUAUGCGGAUGAUAUAGUGGUCAUCCACUUGAAACCGGGAGAACUGUUUAAGCGCAAAGGGGAUUUCAUGUUCCAGUGCGCCCAUGUGAUUGAAAUGGUGACCAAAUUGUGCCUGGUUGUGCAGAAUAUCACGCAGAAACCGCCGGAAAUUAUGAUAGCGCCCGAGUUUCCUGUGUACUUCGGCAGCAGUAUGCUGUUAGUGCAUUUUGACGCCAAUGCCUCACAGGGCACACCCGACAUGACGCCGGACGUCACCCCGCCGGGCUCGGUGAAAGUCGCCCGGAAGAACAACCGCAUGGAGAUCUCUCUCAGUCUGGACAAGAGCGGCUAAAGAAAGGCAAUACAUAUCGGCGGCGUCUUGACCGAAAACAUGCAGGCAGUUGGCGGUCGAUAGUCCGGGCAACACUAAACAAUAAUGCUGAUUCGCACACGUUCAUAUUUUCGUACCGGUUUGUUUAGGCUUUCGAGAAAUCCACAGGCUUCCCUAAGGUUGCCAUUUCUGGCGCGGAUAACGGCCGCAUUUAAUGUAUUGUCGUUUUCCAGCCGUAUUUAUGACGGUUAGCAGAGAGAUUAUUGAAGUUAUUUGGAGCUAAAAUAAUUAUUGUUGUUUUUCUUUAUUUGUACGGUUUUUUGACUAAUAAAGAGAUUUA